CACAAGGUGCCCGUGGCAGCGCCUGACGGGAGCGUGGUGCCCACGGGCGUCCUGUAGUCUUGCGCCCGCGCCCAGAGCCCCGCGCCCGCGCUGUUCCUCGUGAGCGCGGCGGGUGGUGGGCGGCACGGUCUCCGGGACAGCGUCGGGCAAGGCGGAGCGCGCACACGCAGGCGGGGCACGGCCGCCCCCGCCAGGACCCGCGGGCCCGGAAACGCUGCCUGUCACAAAGGGGGGAACACGUGGGCGCCGGCUGCCCGGGCGGCGGUCUCAGGGAGCUAGGGUCACCCGGAGAGCCGCCCAUCUGUCUCUGCCCGCCCGACUUUUCCGCCCCGGCCGCUUGGCCGGUCCAGCCGCGGCCGGCGCCUGCCUGUGAGGUGGAUUCCCGGCCCAGUCUGACCAUCUCCCUCCAGUUUUUCCACUUCAUUCGGACACCCUCAUAACUAUGUCCAUCCUCUACGUCUCCCCUCACCCAGAUGCCUUCCCCAGCCUCCGAGCCCUCAUAGCCGCUCGCUAUGGGGAGGCUGGGGAGGGUCCCGGAUGGGGAGGAGCCCACCCCCGCAUUUGUCUCCAGCCGCCCCCUACUAGCAGGACUCCCUUUCCCCCACCCCGCCUGCCGGCCCUGGAGCAGGGGCCUGGUGGGCUCUGGGUGUGGGGCGCCACGGCUGUGGCCCAGCUGCUGUGGCCAGCAGGCCUGGGGGGCCCAGGGGGCAGCCGGGCGGCUGUUCUUGUCCAACAGUGGGUCAGUUACGCUGACACGGAGCUAAUACCAGCUGCCUGUGGGGCAGCGCUGCCAGCCCUGGGACUGCGAAACUUGGCCCAGGACCCCCAGGCUGUGCUGGGGGCCCUGGGCAGGGCCCUGAGCCCCUUAGAGGAGUGGCUUCGGCUGCAUACCUACUUGGCCGGGGAGGCCCCCACUCUGGCUGACCUGGCGGCCGUCACAGCCUUGCUGCUGCCUUUCCGAUACGUCCUAGACCCACCUGCCCGCCGGAUUUGGAAUAAUGUGACUCGCUGGUUUGUCACAUGUGUCCAGCAGCCAGAAUUCCGAGCCGUGCUGGGAGAAGUGGUUCUAUACUCAGGGGCCAGGCCUCUCUCUCAACAGCCAGAAUCACUGGCACAGGGGCCUGCGGGAGAGGAGUGGGAGGGGGAGAUCAGUAUGGGCCCUGAGGCUCCUGCUCUCCCAAAGACAGCUGCUCAGCUCAAGAAAGAGGCAAAGAAACGGGAGAAACUAGAGAAAUUCCAACAGAAGCAGAAGAUCCAACAGCAGCAGGCACCUCCAGGGGAGCAGAAGAAACCGAAACCGGAGAAGAGGGAGAAGCGGGAUCCUGGGGUCAUUACCUACGACCUCCCAACCCCACCUGGGGAAAAGAAAGAUGUCAGUGGCCCCAUGCCUGACUCCUACAGCCCUCGGUAUGUGGAAGCUGCCUGGUACCCUUGGUGGGAGCAGCAGGGCUUCUUCAAGCCAGAGUAUGGGCGUCCUAAUGUGUCAGCAGCAAAUCCUCGAGGUGUCUUCAUGAUGUGCAUCCCACCCCCCAACGUGACAGGCUCCCUGCACCUGGGCCAUGCACUCACCAACGCCAUCCAGGACUCCCUGACUCGAUGGCACCGCAUGCGUGGGGAGACCACCCUCUGGAACCCUGGCUGUGACCAUGCAGGCAUUGCCACCCAGGUGGUGGUGGAGAAGAAACUAUGGCGUGAGCAGGGGCUGAGCCGGCACCAGCUGGGCCGCGAGGCCUUUCUACAGGAGGUCUGGAAAUGGAAGGAGGAGAAAGGUGACCGGAUUUACCACCAGUUGAAAAAGCUCGGCAGCUCCUUGGACUGGGAUCGAGCCUGUUUCACCAUGGACCCUAAACUCUCAGCAGCUGUGACAGAGGCUUUUGUCCGGCUUCAUGAGGAAGGCGUCAUCUAUCGCAGUACCCGCCUUGUUAACUGGUCCUGCACACUCAACUCCGCCAUCUCUGACAUUGAGGUGGAUAAGAAGGAGCUGACGGGUCGCACCCUGCUCUCCGUGCCUGGAUACAAGGAGAAGGUGGAGUUUGGGGUCCUCGUGUCCUUUGCCUAUAAGGUCCAAGGCUCAGAUAGCGACGAGGAGGUGGUGGUGGCAACAACUCGGAUUGAGACAAUGCUGGGAGAUGUGGCUGUAGCUGUGCACCCCAAAGAUACCAGAUACCAGCACCUGAAGGGGAAGAACGUGAUCCACCCAUUCCUGUCUCGGAGCCUCCCCAUUAUCUUCGAUGAAUUUGUGGACAUGGAGUUUGGCACAGGUGCUGUGAAGAUCACCCCCGCACAUGACCAAAACGACUAUGAAGUUGGGCAGCGGCAUGGGCUGGAGGCCAUCAGCAUCAUGGACGCCCGGGGGGCCCUCAUCAACGUGCCUCCGCCUUUCCUGGGCCUGCCCAGAUUUGAGGCCAGGAAGGCGGUGCUGGUGGCGCUGAAGGAGCGGGGACUGUUCCGUGGCAUCGAGGACAACCCCAUGGUGGUGCCACUUUGCAACCGGUCGAAGGACGUAGUAGAACCUCUGCUGCGGCCGCAGUGGUACGUGCGCUGCGGGGAGAUGGCCCAGGCCGCCAGUGCCGCCGUGACUCGGGGCGACCUCCACAUCCUGCCUGAGGCCCAUCAGCGCACGUGGCAUGCCUGGAUGGACAACAUCCGGGACUGGUGCAUUUCCAGGCAGCUGUGGUGGGGCCAUCGAAUCCCAGCAUACUUCGUCACUGUCAAUGACCCAGCAGUGCCCCCUGGGGAGGACCCUGACGGGCGGUACUGGGUGAGUGGACGCAACGAGGCAGAGGCCCUGGAGAAGGCGGCCAAGGAGUUUGGAGUGUCCCCUGACAAGAUAAGUCUCCAGCAAGAUGAGGAUGUAUUGGAUACCUGGUUCUCCUCCGGCCUCUUCCCCUUUUCCAUCUUGGGCUGGCCCAACCAGUCAGAAGACCUGAGUGUGUUCUACCCCGGGACGCUGCUGGAGACCGGUCACGACAUCCUCUUCUUCUGGGUGGCCCGGAUGGUCAUGCUGGGCCUGAAGCUCACAGGCAGACUGCCCUUUAGAGAGGUCUACCUCCACGCCAUCGUGCGAGAUGCUCACGGCCGGAAGAUGAGCAAGUCUCUAGGCAAUGUCAUCGAUCCCCUGGAUGUCAUCCACGGAGUCUCCCUGCAGGGCCUCCAUGACCAGCUACUGAACAGCAACCUCGAUCCCAGCGAGGUGGAGAAGGCCAAGGAAGGGCAGAAAGCUGACUUCCCAGCGGGGAUUCCCGAGUGUGGCACCGAUGCUCUCCGGUUUGGAUUAUGCGCCUACACGUCCCAAGGUCGUGACAUCAACCUGGAUGUGAACCGGAUACUGGGUUACCGCCACUUCUGUAACAAGCUCUGGAAUGCCACCAAGUUUGCCCUCCGUGGCCUUGGGAAGGAUUUUGUGCCUUCACCCACCUCCCAGCCUGGAGGCCAUGAGAGCCUGGUGGACCGCUGGAUCCGCAGCCGCCUGACAGAGGCUGUGAGGCUCAGCAACCAAGGCUUCCAGGCCUAUGACUUCCCAGCCGUCACCACUGCCCAGUACAGCUUCUGGCUCUAUGAGCUCUGUGACGUCUACUUGGAGUGCCUCAAACCUAUACUGAAUGGGGUGGACCAGGUGGCCGCCGAGUGUGCCCGCCAGACCCUGUACACCUGCCUGGAUGUUGGCCUACGCCUGCUCUCACCUUUCAUGCCCUUUGUGACGGAAGAGCUUUUCCAGAGACUGCCCCGGAGAGCGCCGCAAGCUCCCCCUAGCCUCUGCAUUACCCCCUACCCGGAGCUCUCGGAGUGCUCCUGGAAGGACCCUGAGGCAGAGGCCGCCCUCGAGCUGGCGCUAAGCAUCACAAGAGCUGUGCGCUCUCUUCGGGCCGACUACAACCUCACCCGGAUCCGGCCUGACUGUUUCCUGGAAGUGGCGGAUGAAGCCACGGGUGUCCUGGCGUCGGCUGUGUCAGGCUACGUGCAGGCGCUGGCGAGUGCGGGUGUGGUGGCCGUCCUGGCCCUGGGGGCUCCCGCCCCACAGGGUUGCGCUGUGGCCCUGGCCUCUGAUCGCUGCUCCAUCCACCUGCAGCUUCAGGGGCUGGUGGACCCAGCGCGGGAGCUGAGCAAGCUGCAAGCCAAGCGAGUUGAGGCGCAGCGGCAGGCCCAGCGUCUGCGGGAACGCCGUGCUGCCUCAGGCUACCCUGUCAAGGUGCCCCUUGAAGUCCAGGAGGCAGAUGAAGCCAAGCUCCAACAGACGGAAGCAGAGCUCAGGAAGGUGGAUGAGGCCAUCGCCCUAUUCCAGAAGAUGCUGUGAUCCACCACCCAGCUUCACCCCUCACCCCCAGCGGCUCACCACAGGGUGGCAGCAAUAAAAUAUUUUCCCACAAAA